AUAACCUGUAGUGUUCUUCUAGUGCUGGGACUGAGUCUGAAGAAUGAUAGUAGUUCAGUCAGUGAUACUAAUUCCCCCUCUCUCCCCACAGUUCCCAGUGAUCCGGUCCACAAUCUCAGUGCUCAGAUCUUCAGUUCUACAGCCAUCAUAGUAAGCUGGGAUCCCCCUAUGGAACCCAACGGACGCCCCUUCUACUUGCUCACCCUGCAGGAAGCAGGACACCCCCAACCUCCUAAACCUCUGAACCCCUCUUUCCCUAACACCAACCCCCCCGGACCCCCCACUGUCAACAAUACCAUCACCAAGACAACCAACGAUAACGUCUUCCUGUUUACCAAACUCAGGAAGUACUAUCCCUACGUCUUCACUGUUACCCCGGCAACCAGUGCCGGCCCCGCCCACAACCACACCAGCCUGCUGCAUGUGAGGACUGAUGAUGAUAUUCCCAGUUCAGCUCCAGUGCUGGUGUCCAGUAGGAACCUGUCGUCCUCCUCUGUGUCUGUGGUGUGGCAGCGCCCCCUGGAGGCCAACGGAGAGAUAACAGAGUAUUUCCUCACCAUGUUCGGCCCUGGCGGCUCCAACACCACACACACCCCCAACACCACCCUCACACUCACACAGCUCCUGCCCUACACAGCCUACAACCUCUCCAUCACRGCAGCCACCCGCAAGGGCUCCGGACCCCCGCUACUACUGAUGCUGCACACAGAUGAAGCAGGUCCGAUGUCUCCUCCCCGGAACCUAUCUCUGUAUAACCACACAGCCUUCUCUGUGUGGCUGACCUGGGAACCCUCUCUGGAACCCAAUGGUGUGGUCACAAACUACGGCUUCAGGAUCUGGGAGAUUAACACAAACACAAUCAGAUAUCAGAACUCUACAGGUCCGUGGACAGAAGMACAGCUGAGUGGGUUCAGGCCUCACAGCUCRUAUGAGAUCAGUGUGCUUAGCUACACCAGAGUGGGUCAUGGAGACCAGUAUAGCACUCCUGUGUCCUUCACAACCAAUGAGUCCGUGUCUGAAGUGGUGGGUAACCUAUCCUGCUCUGGUCUGGGCUGGGACUCUGUGUUCCUACACUGGGAGCCUCCAGCCAACCCCAAUGGACGCAUCCUGUACUACCAGGUCCAGGUGGACAGACACUCAGACUCACAGUCAUACAUACACCAGGCUGACACAAACCAGUAUACGGUCAGUGGGCUGGCGCCGGARGCAGAAUUCACACUCACCGUAACGGCUGUCAACUCUGCCGGCCCAGGAGACCAGGUCAACUGUACUGCCUACACACACCCRGAGUCAGUUCCUGGUGUCCCUCGAUUCCUGAGUGUGUCAGAGACCACGUCCACCAGCGUGACGCUCCAAUGGGCUGCUCCCCUCUCUGCUCUGGGCAUGCUCACUGAGUACCGCAUCACCGUGCAGCUGCUGUCACCUGACUGCCUGUCCAACACACCCCUUUCUGAAGCCACACACCUCCCAGAGCCGAGCCCUUCCCUGGCUCCAGGCUGUGUGGAUCAGGAGGUGUUGGUGUCAGUGAAUGGUUCUGAUGGUGGUGAGGGCAACAGGAGCAUCACUCUCCAGUCUCUGGCCAAGUACCGCCUCUACCGCUUCAGAAUCACAGCUCUUACUAAUGCUGGGCCAGGAGAACACACACCCUGGAGAUACACACACACACUGGCUGGGAACCCUGAUGCCCCUCCCAGCAACCUCUCAAUGACCAUGUCCUCCAACGGCCUCCGUAUCGAAUGGCAACUCCCAGAUGUGAUUACCGGCCCCACUUCCUACCUCAUAGACGUAAUCUCUCUGGAUAGCGAGGGGUUAAACCAGUCUGUAGUGCGCGGCCCAGAGGAGCUGAGGACCGUAGUUGUGUCGAACCUGACUGCGUUCACUCGCUACUCUGUGACCGUGACCGCCUUCACUGGACGACUGGAGAACGCACGGCGGGACGGACAAGCCACUGAGCCCACUGUCAUCAGAACAAUGGAGGAGGAGCCCAGGGAUCCUCCUAAGAACGUGACCCUCCAGGUAAUUCCAGAGGAAGUGACCCGUGUGUUUGUGACCUUUGCCCCCCCGGAGGAGCCUAAUGGGAACAUCAGUUCCUAUACGGUGCUGGUCUACCGCCAGGGCCAGCUAGAGAUGACCAUCAACCGCCUCACCGUGGUCCAAAACGAGAACCGCACCCUGACCGCAGUCAUCGACGGGCUGAAGGGAGGCUACAACUAUAGUAUACGGAUUGCAGCGGUAAACGGAGCAGGUUUAAGCCCCCCCAGCUCAGAGGUUCAGAUCACUACAGGGAUCAAAGCUCCUGCCAAGCCCACCCAGAGACCCCAGGUGGUGCUGGACCGAGGAGGAGUUGCCAUGGUAACCUCCAGGAGCAUUAUUGUUCGCAUGCCAGCCUGUUUCUACAGCAAUGACAACGGACCAAUCAGCAGCAUCCAGGUCAUCAUGUCCGAAUCUGGGGUGAUGGACAGCAUGAACCUGACCAACUGGAAGACAGCAUUUCUCUCUCGUUCCGCCCCCUACCUAACAGACAAUGGCUUCCCCAACCCACUCUGCGUGAGGGACCGUAUGAGCAGGGACACACAAACCAGCAGACUCACUUUCUCACGCAUUAYACACAGCAUUGUGAGGGACAGGGUUCUGGAACAUAGAGACUCAGGGGGGGAGCGCAUAGACCACCAGGAUGAUCAUUAUGUCAUCGGAGAGAAGGACAACUGUCUGACUGAAGAGUACAGUAACACACUCUGUAACGGACCCCUCAAACCAAACACUGUCUACGUGUUUAAGUUCCGAGCCACCAACAUCCGGGGCCAGUACACAGACUCUGACUACUCUGAGCAUAUCAGAACAGCAGUGGAUGGGUUGUUGACCAGAGAUGAACAGAUCAUUCUGGGAGUUCUCCUCUCCUUCUUCCUGGCCCUGCUGCUCAUCCUCAUCAUCUACGCUUCUGUCAGGAUCCGUCAGCGUCAGAAGGAGGGUGGAACCUACUCUCCCCGGGAGGCGGAGAUUAUAGAGACCAAGUUUAAACUGGAUCAACUGAUUGCUGUGGCUGACCUGGAGCUGAAGGAAGAGAAACUACACAGACUUCUCAGCUACAGAAAGUCUCUCAAGCCGGUCAAUAAGAAGUCUUUUCUGCAGCAUGUAGAGGAUCUGUGUGCCAACGAGAACGCCAAGUUCCAGGAAGAGUUCGCAGAGCUACCCAAACUGCUGCACGACCUGGCUACAUCAGACGCUGACCUUCCCUGGAACAGAUCCACGAACCGCUUCACUAACAUCAAACCCUACAACAACAACCGUGUUAAGCUGCUGUCUGAACCUGGCUUGCCUGGAUCUGACUACAUCAACGCUAGCUUCAUCUCAGGUUACCUGUGUCCUAGUGAGUUCAUAGCGACCCAGGGUCCUCUCCCCGGCACUGUGGCUGACUUCUGGAGGAUGAUCUGGGAGACUCGCACACGAACCAUCGCUAUGCUCACACAGUGCUAUGAGAAAGGAAGGAUCCGGUGUCACCAGUACUGGCCAGAGGACAAUAAGCCGGUGACAGUGUUUGGGGACAUCAUCAUCACCAAGCUGACAGAGGACGUUUAUCCUGACUGGACCGUCAGAGCUCUCAAAGUGGAGCGGCAUGGGGACUACAUGGUGGUUCACCACUUCAACUACACCUCUUGGCCAGAGCAUGGUGUACCAGAUUCCAGCACCACACUCAUACAGUUUGUUAGAGCCAUCAGAGCCAACAGGCAUGAGAACACCACUAUAGUGGUGCACUGCAGUGCUGGCGUGGGCAGGACAGGAGUGUUUAUAACGCUGGAUCACCUGAUCCAACACGUCAGUGAUCAUGACUUUGUGGACAUCUACGGUCUGGUGGCUGAACUACGCAGUGAGAGGAUGUGUAUGGUGCAGAACCUGGCCCAGUAUAUGUUCCUACACCAGAGUACUCUGGAUCUGCUGAACAGUAAAGGAAACAGCCAGUCCAUCUGGUUCAUCAACUACUCUGCUCUGGAGAAGAUGGACUCACUGGAAGCUAUGGAGGGUGAUGUUGAGCUGGAAUGGGAGGAGACUACGAUGUAAAGGCUGAGAACUUAUCAGUCAACUUCACACCUAUCCCUGGGUCAUGGGGCCAAAUCCUGGACACACUGACUGUUUGUCAGAUMGAUUGCUCCACCAGAGAUAGAGAAAGAGGAGGGAGAGAUGAUAGAAAGAGAGAGAAUUGUGUAGUCCAAACAGAGUAAUGUUUCCUCCAGCUUCUUUGGGAACACAAGUUGCCUUUUUUCUGGCAGGAGGGUCAAAACAACACAACAGAAACGUAGUUGUUUACCUGGCCUGAAUCAUCACACCAUUAGUCCUCGUGGAGUCCUGCAUCUUUUGUAUAAGUCCACAGGCAGAAAAGAGAGGGAUAUAUAUCACACAUGGAAGUUUACAGGUAUCUUGCAAUAGUCAUUCCACUGUGUAUUUCAUUGGAUUCUUGUAUCAUGUUUUUGUAUAUUKAGUUUUUCAGCCAAAUAGUGUUGUCACUGUGUUCAUAUGUUUGCUUCGCUGUGUUACUACGUUCAUAUCACGUGUUGCUAUGUUUGUCAUUGUAAUUGGGGGGUUUGAGGUAUAAUGUAUUUGUGGGGUGUUCUUGUGUAUUUGAUGUAUUUUGUUCCACAUCUGUGUUUUGGACCAGAAGUAAAAUCAACUCCACUACUCA